AUGGAGGCCCUCAAGAACCUCGAGUACGGUAUUCCCGACUGGCUACAUCGUCUAGAUGAGCUCAACGGCCAAAUCGAACAACGCCAGCAGGAGUUGGCCCAACUUACCGAGUCCAAGUCAUCAUCGCCUGGCGGAGAGCCAGGAUCCCCGUCACGCAAGUCUUUGAGGAACAAGGGGUCAACUGAAAGUCUCAGGCCCAAAGAUGAGCCGUCCGCCCAUCCCAACUACCAGGAGAACGAGACACCGAACAACCGACCAACCAGCCCCCAGACGCCAGGUUCUCCCGGAGCUCUGCAGCGAACAACAUCGCAAGUCCGUGCAGCAGGUCAGGCCAAGGCGCGCGCUACCCUUCGCAAGCGCCAACGAACUGACUCGGUCAUGAGCGCCGAGAACGCCGACAAGCCACCAAAGUACCGCAGCCGGAGCAUGAUCAUAGUCUACUACGACAGCUAUGUACAAAGCUUUUUCGAGGAGCUGGUCAAGUUUGUGAGCGCCAGCAGGAACAUGAUGCGCAAGGCCAAAAUGGCAGCCAAGGUUGCCCAGAUCAAGAGGUUGGCCGAGCUCAACACACCGCCCGACGACGAUGAAAGCGGUGGAGACGCCGCGAACGGGGAACUGGUGCCCGACCCCAAGGCAGUGAACAACAUGGAUGCAUCGGCCGCCGCUCCGGCCGCGGGGAGCCUGGAUCCAGUUCAAGCAGUGUUAGCUGCUCGUCGCGCGCGCGAUUAUAACCGCAUGAUGGCCCAAGGUGGCGGAGUACGCGCCAAUCCCAUGGCCGCCGGUUUCCGCAUGAACGCGAAUAUGGGCCGUGCCGGUGCCGGCCAAUCACCUCAAGAUGCCGGGUCGGACGUCUACGAUGAGCUUGACAAGGGCCUCGAGUUUGUUCAAUCCAUGUGCGAGCACGCUGCCCAUCAGUUCCUUCGUGACGGCGACUGCGGUGAGGAGGUCACCAAGAUCAAGCAGCGUCUGGCGCAGACCAAGGACUUGGCCGCCAAGGAGAUGGAGCGUGCCAAGCGCGAGGAUCUUGGUGGAGAUGGUUCUGCCGAACUGGGCGCUGGUGGCGCGGCCGGAUUGAUGUCUAGGGGAGCAACCGCCGGUGCGAGCGCCAUUCCCAUGGGCAUGGGGGCGAGGAGCUAUAGACCCCAGAGCAUGAGGAGGGUGACGAGCGUGAAGAGCACAAAGAGCUCCGUGAAGGAGGCUGCUAAGGAAGCUACCAAGGAGGGGGCAGUGGUGACGGUGGUGGAAAAGGGAGUGAAGAGGACAGCACCGGCGACGGAGUCGGAGGGAAGCACAGUAAGCGGGAGUGUCAAGGGUGAUGCCAAAAUCGAGGUAGAUGAGGGGUUGGAGGAUGUGGAUGACAGUGCCGCUAAUGAUGGGAUAAUUGCGGCCGACCCAUCAGCGGAUUCGGAACCCAUAGACCUGUCCAAGUUGGUCUACAGGAGUACCCGGUUGAUGAGGUAGAGUGAGAUGAGUAGUAGUAGCAUGAGUAAGGGAGACUGGAACGAAAAAAGGAAUAGGUCUGUUGGAUAGGAAUUGGUUUGUUUUGUGUGUUUGGGUAGGUGAGCGAGCGAGCGACUGAGCAACUGAGCACCUGAAUGGGUAGGUGAACGAAAUGGCUAGGAAAGGUUAUUUAAUGUUUUGGGUUGGGACGAGGUCUCCCGCUGGUCUGCUUUUUCUGGUAAAACAAAACCAUCUAUCUAUGAUCUCUGCCUAUAUAUUUUCAAAAGAAAUCUCGGCUUUCUUCUCUCUCGCACUUUUUCCAGUUAUAUCAUGUCCUGUC